AACUACAUUACUUGUCCCAUUAACCAAAAUCUCAAAUUAACUACCUUUAAACUACAUCCAACUAAUCAAUUCCACACAAUUCCUACAAAUGAAACCCUAUAAAAAGGGUCCAUUCUUAACCUCAAAUCACACACAAAAACCAAUCAUGGAAUCCAAAUUCUUUCGAUCAUUCCUAAUAACAAUAAUCACUUCAAUUUUCUUCUUCCUUCUCCCAAUCUCCUCCGACUCAUCCAUGGACUUUCUUCGAACUCUAACCGGAGUCCGGCCAGGCACCUCGGCUGCCGGAAUCUCCAAACUCAAACAGUACCUCAUCGCCAUCGGCCACAUGUCCGAAAAAUCUCAGUUUGCGAACAACGACAAUUUCGAUGAAGAGCUCGUACAUGCCAUCAAAUCUUACCAAAAAUUCUUCAGCCUCCCCGUCACCGGAUUUCUCAACCCCGAAACCCUAGAUCAGCUGCAGAAGCCCCGCUGCGGCGUCCCCGACAAUCCCACCGCCACCCAAAGCCGAAUUCCGGCGGUUUCAUACUUUUCCUUCUUCCCCGGGAAGCCCCGGUGGUCGCCCACCAAGAAAACCCUUUCGUAUUCUUUUCCCAAGGGGACCCGACAGGAUGCGUACGCCGCCAUUAGCGCCGCCACUAAGGAAUGGAGCCAGCAGGCGCCGUUAAAAUUUGCGCAAACGCCCGAUUACGACAAAGCCGACGUUAAGAUCAGCUUCCAGGUCCGGGACCACGGGGACGGGUCCGCGUUUGAUGGCCCCGGCGGGGUUUUGGCGCACGCGUUUGCGCCGCCGGACGGGCGGCUGCACUUCGACGGCGACGAGCAGUGGGUGGACGCGGCGCAGGCGGGGAAGAUGGAUUUGGAGACGGUGGGAUUGCAUGAAUUAGGGCAUGUUUUAGGGUUAGGGCAUUCGACUGAUAAGGAUGCCGUUAUGUGGCCGUACAUCGAUUUUGGAGUUAGGAAGCAUUUGAAUAAGGAUGAUAUCGAUGGGAUUAAGGCAUUGUAUAAAUAAACAAGUAACUAACUAAAUAAAUAAAUAAUGAUGAUUAAUAAAAAUAA